AUGUCUGAAGCUCGCGUCCCAUCCGCCAAACGCGCUCGCACCGACGACGCUAGCUCGCCUACCACGAUAAUACGCUCCGAUAUCUGGCAUUCCGAUGGCAGUCUGAUUCUUCAAGCUGGAAAAACGCAAUUUCGCGUUCACUGGAGUGUAUUGUCGAGCCACUCGUCCGUUUUCAAAGAUAUGCAAAUCAACUGCCAGCCCGGCACCCCCGAAUCGCUUGUAGAAGGCUGUCCUGUUAUUGAGCUCUACGAUGACCCACAAAGCGUCAAAACGAUUCUUCGUGUGCUCUACAAUCCGACUUCUUUUUUGCGGCGAGAUGCGCGAAGCAAGGGUUCCUACAAAUUUGCAUAUGUGGCCUCGCUGGUUCGCAUGGGACGCAAAUACGAUUUUGGAAAUCUGUGGGACCUGGCUCUCGGGGUGUUGGAGGCUGAAAUUCCAAUGACGCCGGCUGGAUAUGACGACUUGCGGGCCGCCUCGAAUAAAACGACGUUCAUCGAAGACUAUCCCGGCGUGUACCUUGAUAUUCUCUCCUUACUGCGCGAGCAGAAUAUUUUGUCGCUUCUCCCAUCCGCGUACUAUCUCGUCGUUGCCAAGUAUACUAUGCAAGAGUUGCUCGAUGGGGUCGCGCGAGGCGAUGGUACAACUGCCGUUCUGGCUGCAGCAGAGCUACGCCAAUGCAUAUUGUCAAGAUAUAAAAUCCGCAGCAUCCAGUUUGAGCCAAGCUACGCUCUGUCCUGCUUUCGCGAAUCGAUUCCUCCAGCAUACUAUAGUGACAAAUGUCGUAACAAUGACACGCGCUCCAAGUCCUGCGUAGCAGUGCGCUUGCAGCAGAUUUCCGCACAUUCGACGUUCCCGGCGCUGUUUCCUCCGACUAGUCAACUGAAGGGACUUUGUUCGAUUUGCCUUGAAGAGGCAAGUGAGGUGCUGGAGGCUGGCAGACAAAAAGGUUGGGAGGAUUUGCCUAGCUUCUUCGACCUUCCACCGUGGAGUGAACUGAAGCGCGAUGAUUAG